GCAACUUCCAAAAAAUUCCACUCAUGAACAUCCGGGAAGCUGUGUUUGCAUAGACAUGGGAUGCUCUUAUUCUAGCCAAUAAUUUAUUUCUAGUCUUCUUAUUCAUAUAUAUAUAUAUAUAUAUAUAUCCCAACUAAUCACUGUUUCUUAAAAUUAGCAGCAAAAGUUGCAGGAAGACCUGAGCUGUAUAUCUUGGUUCUUCAGAUAUGUUGGUGGGAUUCAGAGAUGCGGCGAAAAUGAGAACAAAGAAGCUUGUGUUCGAGGAGGUGUUCUAUGCUUGUGAUGCCAAAACACUGGAGAGACUGAAAGAGUUGAGCUCGAGAAGGCGGGUUAUCGAACAAUCUAUCAAUCAGAACAGUAACAUCACAGAAGCUAUUGCAAGAGAAAUGUCCGGAGGCUCAAGUUGUCCAUAUGAGCAGGAUCUGCAGAAACUGGAACGUUACCUGCCUCUUCUGAUCAACUUGGUAUUUUACACUGAAUCAGUUAAAACAAAGACACUGAAGUUGCAGAAAAGGGUAACUGACUUCAAGAUCAGAUGGUCAAGUCCUCUAAGUGCUUCUUGUAUAAUGAGAAUUGGCAGUCCGAAGUUCUACUCUAUUGAUAAUCUUCGGUUUGAGCUUGGAAUGAGUCUGUUCCUUUAUGGUGCCACACUCAGAGAGAGGGCUUUUGAAACUUUAUUGACAGACUUGAAGGAAACCUCCACUCUUUUUAGGAAAGCUGCAGGGGUUUAUAGGUAUCUUGCUGAGGUGAUCCUCCCACCAUUGCAAGUUCAUUUGGCGAAAGAUAGGCCGCCGGAAGUUACCUCAUCAUUGUCCACUGUUAUGAGCUUGAUAUGCUUGGCAGAUGCUCAGGCUGCUACUGUAAAAAGAGCUGAAGAAAAGGGAAACUCUCCAAGCCUGUUAUCAAAGCUGCACCUUGGGGUCAAUUUUAUACUUCAUGAAGCAAAUUCAGUUCUAGCAUUAUCAGAAGAAGAGGGCAAUGAUGUCUCAGCAAAGUUUAAGGAAUUAUUACCCAUCAACAUUACACUGCAUGAACUGAGAAGCCGAAGGUAUUUAGCUGAGCACCUGCAACAUGAAAGUCAUGGCACUGCAGUUGCUGUUCUUCGUCAUGCAGUGGCCAAAGCAAAGAAAGUAAGGAAUUCUAACAGUAAUUCAUGGUGCAGAGUUAUAAGCCAAGAGAUCAGUGAUGCAGACAAAAAGCUCAAGAAACUGGAAUACGAUAAUGAGACUGUUUAUCAUGAGAAGAUUCCCAGUGCUGAUAGUUUGCCAGUUCUAGAGAGCAAGAUUAUAGUGGAUGCUUUGCCAUAUGAACCACAAACAAUAGAAAGCAGUGAACUAUACUUUCAGAUAUGAGAAGCUAUGCUGCAUUUAUGAUG